AUGCCUCCAAGACCCAAAGUUGCAGAAUCAGAGAUCCAUGAGAAGUUCAUUAAAGGAGGAUCGGGUAAUGGCGGUCAAAAAAUCAACAAGACCAACUCAAAGGUCCAACUAACCCAUAUUCCAACCGGCAUGGUGGUAACCAGCCAGGCUACCAGGUCACGAGACCAAAACCGUAAGAUUGCACGUGAAAUAUUGGCCAUGAAGCUCGAUGAGAUCGAAAAUGGCAGUCACAGUAGAGCCCAAUUAUUAUUGGCCAGAAAGCAGAUGGUGAAAAGAAGAGCUAAAAGGAAGACCAAGGCCAAAUAUAAGAAGCUAGAUGAAAAGAAAGCCGAGGAGAAUACCGAAAAACGGAAGCAGAACGAGCCAUCCGAUCGCAUCAAAGACGAAGACGAAGAAAUCAUCGUAGUUAAAUGA